AAGGUCUCUCAACGAGUGGCGUUAACCGUGUUAUCGGCCACCAUACCGACUAACAAAGUGCGCUAACGGUAGCGUCGCCUGCCAAACACCUGUGUGGAGAUGAUACAGCUCACCUGGACCCAAAUCACCUCAUAGCACAUGACGACAAGGGGCUGGUGUUUUACUGAGCUCUUAAAUAUCAGUUGAGUUAAAGGUGGCGAGCAAAUACGCACAGAAGCCUUAUCAAGUCUACUUCAGAAGGAGACUGAGCACAUGCGUUUGUUAGUCGAGUUAGCCUGAGAAAGAAGAGAAAUGCAGUCUGUGGUGAAACAAAACCUUCAUUCGGAGACUGAAGUGGACAUCAACAAACUCAUCAACCUGAAGCUCAAUGCAUCCUACACCUACCUGUCCCUGGGGAUGUAUUUUGACAGGGAUGAUGUUGCCUUGCCAAACUUCUCCAGCUUUUUCCUGGAGCGCUCGGUGAAGGAGAGGGAACAGGCUGAGAAGCUGCUGGAAUAUCAGAACAUGAGGGGAGGCCGAAUUUUGCUCCAGACAAUUGCUAAACCAACUAGAGAGGAUUGGAGAGGUGGUCUGGACGCACUGUCCUUUUCUCUGGACUACCAGAAGUCCCUGAACACAUGUGUCCUUGAUGUGCACCGCAAAGCUGGCACCAACAGUGACCCUCAUCUGUGUGACUUCCUCGAGCAGCACUUCCUCACUGACAGCCACGACACCAUCAAGAAGCUGGGCGAUUACAUCGGCAGUCUGACCCGACUCACUGCGUCCGAGACCCAUGGUUCUAUGGGAGAGUACCUCUUUGAUAAACACACUCUGUAAAGGUCACAGCAGUAGACACAAGCUCCUCAUUUACAUAGAUGCAUAGAGACACUUGCAUUCUUUUCCGUUAAGAAAACUUGACAAUAUUUUUUUACCCCAAACCUCAUUCUUGUACAAAUAAGAUGAAGUACUCCAGAGGAAGUUAAGUACAAAUACCUCAAUUUUUCUUUAAAAAAAAAUAAAAAAAAUAACAAAAGUGGAAAAAUGUUCUCCAGGUGCUACAACUACCAUUUUGUAAGCUGUUAAAAUGAGUCACUUGUUCACAUCGACUCAUUUGUAUCAUGUGUCAUUCAUUCCAAGGUCAUAGGUGUCAACCUUCACAACUAUUUAUAGAAAUGGAUACAAUUUUGAGUCAAAAAGAAAUGAUUUUAAGAGAUUUAACUUUUGGAAUUCCAUUGAAAUAUGAAUUAAAGUCUGAUUAUGCUGACAA